UACUUUCACAUGCAAAUCACUCGUAUUUCAAAAAUACUCAAAUUAAACAUGAAGGAAAAUCAUUACCAAUUUGAAGAUCAACAAAAUUAUUGUGGCAGCUCUUCCGCCAUGAGCUCCUCCUUUGGGACAACUCCAGAAAGGCAUUCUUCUUUUUCUCAAGAUUCUGAAACUGUCAGCUCUCUUCACAGUUCUUCUUCUUCUGAUAAUUACUCUCCCAGAGUUACUCCAAGUCAAGAUGAUUCUGCUAUAAUUGUUCACAAGAGGAAAUUGGGAAAGAAAGCAAAAAGUUAUGCUUAUAGAAUUCGCGAGCAUGUGAAAUUGGGGCCAAAGUUUUCAGAAACGGUGAAGGGGAAGCUGAAAAUAGUGAAAGAAGGAGGGAGAAGGAAUAUAUUCAGGAAUAUGUUUAAUGUGAAUGAAGGAGAGAAGCUGCUAAAGGCAUCACAGUGUUAUUUGUACACAACAGCGGGUCCAAUUGCUGGGAUUUUGUUCAUAUCUACAGAGAAAAUAGCUUUCUGCAGUGAAAGACCCAUAGCUGUUCCUUUCCCCUCUGGAGGAAUUCUUAGAACACCUUACAAGGUGGUUAUUCCAGUGAAGAAAAUUAAAAGAGCUUAUGCAAGUGUGAACGAGAACAAACCAUCUCAAAAGUACAUCGAGAUAGUGACUGAAGAUAAUUUUGAAUUUUGGUUCAUGGGCUUUGUACGAUAUGAAAAAGCUUUCCUCAACUUACAAAAGGCCAUUUCCAUGUCGAACUAGCUAGCUAUUAGAUAUUAGAAUUUUUAGGAUUUUAAAGAGGAUUCGUAAAUCUGUAGUUUUUUUUUCCUUAUUAGAUGUUGAACUAAUAGCAUCUAAUUAAUCUAUGCUUGUUCAUGAGAA